UCUUUUCAAGUUCUUCACCCAAUUCAAACUCAUAAAAUCCAGGCUCCGGUUUAAAGAAUUUAUAUUUUUGUUCACACAUUCCAAAGUCACAAAAUCUGUGUUCUUCCAAUUCAAAGUCAUAAAGCUUAGGCACCGGCUUAUGCUCUUGAUAUCUAUUUAUAGUGCUAUCACUUAUUGUUACAAUUUCAAGCUUAUCAAAUUUCUUCAUAGCCAACACCUUUCCAUGUUCAUUAAUAAAAUUUUUGAAAUAAACAUUUGUUUGUUGAACAGCCAAUAAUUGAGUGAAAGACAAACAUUUAAAUAUAUCCAAUUGAAUUUCCGGCAACAAAUUAAAUUUUGAUUGACUUUUAGUUCUAAUAUUAACAGGCAAUUUGUCUUCUCUAAUUUGCAGCAUUUGAUACCAAAGACCUUCCUAAAAAUGAAAAAAAAUUUUUUGAAAUGAAGAAAAUUAAAUUAACCUCUUUACAAUAUUUAACUCCCUCGUAUUCAACAACUUUACGAUCCUGGCUCAUUUUUUCCUGAAAAUACAAAAAUAUUAAUAAACGAAGGCUAGUUAAUUGAAGAAAAUUAAUCAAACAAACUUACAAUAAAUUGGGGAACUUAUGUAAUUGGACCUAGCGAAAGCUGACCUAUUUUUAGCGUGGCAUUUUGUCUUGUACCAUUUUGUCGCACGGAUAUUUUUUGUAUUUCUCUCGCUUUCUAACCGUCUCUCUUUUUUCUAUGCUAUUUUUUCCUUGUUUAUUUUAUUUUGCGGAUUUUAAGUAAAAAAUUGGAUUAAUCAGAUCCCUUCUGUUUAUUUUUUAAUUUAAAGGUUUAUUCGAUUUAUUCUGAAAUAUACAGCAAAAUAUGACUGAGAACCGUACAACUGUCGAACACAAUGGCUUUGAAUAUUAUAAAGAGGGAGAUCAAUGGUACCAAACGUCAACUUUUUUUAAAGACAACUUUCCAAUCAAGGAGGACAAGGUUCCUGAUGAGGUUAAAACUAGAUGGGGUGAAUUAGUGCCUGAAGAAAGGGAAGAUGGUCCUGAAGAAGCGAAGGAGUCUCAAGAAGUUUCUGAGAGGGCGACGUCUGAAUUGCCGAAGAGCCAACCAUCCAGGAGUCUUUCGAAAAAAUCUGUUAAGACUAAGAAGCGAAUUAUUCCACCGGUCGAUCCACGCUUAUCAAGAGAAAGAGAUCGAAGCAUGCCUGCACCCAAAAAGGCGUAUUCCUCAGUUAAUUUCACUUCUACCUCUUCUGCCGCAAGUUCUUCUAAAACUGCUGAAACUGUCGAGAAGGGAAGUCAGCCAAUUAUUGUGACGGACUCGUUGCAGUUAGUUCGACCGCUUAGAGCUGAGCUUAAAUGGAAGAUGAGGACGAAUGCUAUGGAAUUGGAGAAGCGAAUGGAGAUUAGAAAGGUUUUUUUUUUUAAUUUUUAUGAUUAA